GUCACGUGAUACGGAUAAGGAAAAGACUCUCCCAUCAUUUUUCCCCUUCCCAAUUUUUCUCCAACCCUAUACCUCGCUCUCCCACCCGGCCCACUCCUACGCCGCCCGACCUGCCGGAGAGGGAGCCCGUCGUCACCUCGCGCUGCCGCCUUGCUCCGCCGCUCGUGCAAGCCUUCUCGCCCCGCCGCUCGUGCACGCCUCCUUGCUCCGCCGCUUGCUCUUACCUUCUCUCUCAGACUCGGGCUCCGCAUCCGCCGGCAUCCGCCGGAGGUGAGGAUCCCUUGCUCCUGAGAGGUCCCAGCGCCGUCACCCCGUGCGCCGGGGACGAGCUCGAGCCGCCGCCGCGGGGCGAGCUUGUGCCACUUGCCCUCUCCGAAGGAGGGGAGCUCGUUGCUGCGCCGCACGGUGGUGCGUCGAUCUCCUCCUCUGGUGCCACCACGCGCUGUGUAACCCUAUUUUUUUUAUUUUCUAAUUUGUUUUCGAAUUGAAACUAACAAAUAUUUCUAAAUAUACUUACAAGUUAGUUUAUGUGCUUACUAGUUGAUUGUAUAGCUUAUAGGUGAUUCUUAUAUAAUGUAAGUUAGUCAUAUUAUAAUUAGAAACUAAUAAGCUGCACUGUUUAUACGUACUUCCAAUAUUUUUACACCACUUACAAGCGUAUACCCAUGCCUAUGUCCAUUUAUAUACACUUAAAAGCGGGUCAAUUACACCAUGUGGUGUUGUCAAAAUAGUCUUUCAGCAGAAACUUAUUUGUUUGAAGUGGAAAUAGACAUUCUUUUUACAUGACUGAAAAAAGUAUAUUAGUAAUCAAUCUGGUUUUCCGGUGGUCUGGCCUCCCACGUCGGGUUGGGAUCGGCCCAAAAACUGGUUGAGGCCCACGCUAGGCUGACUCAGAGUCUCCCUCGAUAAACGCCGACCGCACCGCACCUCAUCUCCCACUUAAUUUGGCCGCUCCGUAGCUGCCGCGAACCUCCUGCCACCGAAGAAGAAGAGCGGCAGCUCCCAGACUCUGGUGGUUUCACUGAAGAAUGGCAGGCAUCCAGUCACACUUCCCUUGCUGACGCGUCGAUUGGACUGGACUGGUGAUCCAUCCCAAUUUAGGGUUGUUUUCUUUCGUUGAUCAAACUCUAGAUCUAGCGACUCUUCCUCCCAGCGGGUUGCAUAUUCUUCUUAUGAUGACGAGGCUGGCUUAGAGGGUGCUGUUCGAGUGGAUGACGAAUUGUGGUGCUGAGGCCCUACAAUGAUUGACACCACCGCCCGCACAGGUGGAGGACAUAGUUCACCUUACCCCUCUUGGUGAUAGGCAUUGGUCAGAAUCAGAUUUUGGUGGGGCGUCUAGAGUUUGCACCCUUACUUAUGUACUUUCCUUCCUCAAGCAUUAAUAAAUCUUAGGCAAUUCAAGUUCAGCUGAAUGUCAACUUGCCUCCACGUCCAAGGUCCCAAAAAGCUUGCAAUGUCUCGUCCGCUUGAUUUUGCUGUACUUAAAUACAAAAAUCAAAAGCUUGCGGAACAACUGGAAGUCCACAAAUUCGAGUUCCGUGCCCUCGAGAGUAAAUUCAAUGAUUUAAAAGAGAAGCAGAGGGCACAUAAUGAGACACUUGUCCUGGUCAAAAGUUCUUGGGAGCAACUUGUAGCAGAUCUCAUGUCAAUUUCUGUUUGCAUAAGUGAAUCUCUGCAUUCAGACUGCGGUACAGGGCACAGCAAUGUACGAAAGGAUGGUACAUGCAUGCCCAUUGAAAGGGAUUUUUUUAGAAGAUUUUUGGAGGCUGGUGCUACAGAAAGUUCAGGUUGUGCUCCCAGUUGCAAUAUGGGAAAUGAUGUCCCUCCAGAACAAUCAUCAAUGGUUAAUGUUCUGCGGAAGAUCUUACUUCCAUCAAGUGAUCUGUGGCAUUCAAUUAACGAGUUUGCUUCUGCCGCUCUCACUAAGUUGCCAGAAAAUGAACACAGCAGGCAACUGCACAGUGCUACCAGUGACGUGUUAUCCAAGCUUAAUAAGGUGUUACAGGCAGUAGAUAAUCUUCACUUUAAACACAUGCAGUUAGCAGAGAACUAUCAAAAACAAAGAGAUUCGAGUGCCUCGAACAGGGCUGAACAGAAACGCCUGAAAGAGGAGUGGACCAGUGCUGUUGCCAAGUUGGAAGAAAUCAAGCACAAACUGGCAGCACUGAAAGCACAGGGAGACAGUAAGCAAGGGACUCCGAUUCUUGUUCCUACACUGGGAAAUAAAAAUGCAACUGGAGAUAAAGUCAGAGAUAAACAAAGGGAACUGCAAGAUCUUGAAGCUACCCACAAGGAGUUAACGGAAUUAAUUUCAAAGCGUUUGGAGGAAAUUAGGAGACUGCAUAAAGAGAGAAUUGGAAUUUUGAACAAGUUAGCGACUUUUCAGAAUAUAUUGACGGAUUUCAAAAGCAUCUGUUCUUCCAAAGCUUUUCAGCUUGUUAAUGACCAACUUCAGAAGUCACAAGUAGAAUUGGAUCACUACCAAACAUUAUUAGAGAAAUUACAGGUUGACAUGGAUAGCUCUGUUUGGCAAGAAAAGCAAUUUAAUCUAAAAGUUGAUCUGGCUGAAAUUCCCCAUAAGGUUUCUGCAUACCACGUGUCUAGAAUUGCUGAUCUCGAAAAGGAUGUGCAGAAAUUAUGCAAUGAAAAGAAUAUGCUGGUGCUGAAACUUGAAGAGGCUUCAAGAGAACCUGGUCGGAACCAAGUUAUCUCAGAAUUUAAAGCUCUGGUGUCAUCACUACCGAGGGAUAUGGAUGCCAUGCAAAGGGAAUUGUCCAAACACAAGGAUGCUUCUUUAGAGUUGCACUCUUUGCGAGCAGAAGUUCAUUCACUUUCUAGUAUCCUGACCAGAAAGGAACACAAAAUUGAAGAAACAUCAUCUAUAUCUGCUCGUGUUGGAUCUGAUAUAAGCCAACUUCGAUCUGUGGUUCAUGAUCUGAGGGAAAAUACACAGGAGCUUAAGCUGUUUGUGGAAUUGUAUAAGCAUGAGUCCACUGAUUCCAGCCUGUUACACUUUUGUGGCAGACAGCUGUUGGAAUCCAGACAUAGGGAGCUCUGUGAAUGGGCUCGAGUCCACAUCCUCAAAUUUUCCCUUGAUGAAAGUAAACUAGAGCAGCGUGUAAUUGCAGCCAAUGAAGCUGAAGCAAUGUCUCAGCAGAGACUAGCAACUGCUGAAGCUGAAAUUGCUGAAUUAGGGCAGAAGCUGGAGACUUCUAGAAGAGAUCUAGUGAGACUAUCUGAUAUACUGAAGUCUAAACAUGAAGAGUGUGAAGCUUAUUUGUUGGAGAUUGAGAGUAUUGGCCAUGCAUACGAAGACAUACAGACACAAAAUCAACAAUUGCUACAGCAAAUCAUUGAAAGAGAUGAUCAUAAUACCAAGCUUUUCAUGGAGGGUGUUAAAGCUAAACAGUCGCAUGAUGCUUUGCAUUCGGAAGUGCGGUCCUUGCAUAUAAAUGUGCACCAGGCAAGCACUUUGAUGGAUCUGUACAACCAGAAAAUUGUCCGCUUAGAGGACCAGCUAAGAGUCUGGUCAGAGAGAGCCAGGAGGCUGGCAGAGGAUGGAUCACAGCAAUCUAUUUCAUUAGGCAAUUUUCAAAGAAAGCUGGUGGGUAUACAUGGAGAGGCUCCAAAGCUCAGGCAGUCGAUGGAUGGAAUACAAGCAAAGGUCGGAAGCAAUCGACUGGAAGUUGCUGAACUCCUUAUAGAACUAGAGAAGGAGAGGUAUAGUAAGAAGAGAAUAGAGGAUGACUUAGAUCUGAUGUCAAGUAAAGUCAGUUCUCUUAGAGCUAAGACUGAUAAAUCAGCACUCCUGGAAAAGCUUCACCAUGAGGUCAGGGAGUACAGGGGAAUUUUGAAGUGUGGUGUCUGUCAUGAUAGGCAGAAAGAGGUUGUGAUUGCCAAGUGUUACCAUCUCUUCUGUAAUCAGUGCAUACAGAAGUCACUCGGUAACCGUCAGAAGAGGUGUCCAUCCUGUGGACUAAGCUUUGGGGUUAACGAUGUGAAACCUAUCUAUAUAUGAAACGCAGGCAUCUAGGUCAAGCUGCUUUGGUGCUUACUAAUUGCUGAUAUCCGCUAGAUGACCAUGGUGGUUCAGUCGAAGAUGUAGCAUAAGCUUUUGCGUGUACAACCGAACAUGUAAUGCUACAUGUUAUUGCAGGUGCCCAUGCUGGCAUAAUAAUGCCAGUGUUGCUUCAUGCACCUUUUGUAAAGUCUGUUUGCCCUGCCCAAGCAAUUAGAAUAGUCUGACCGUAUUAUGACUCAGUUGUUUCGGGAAAAAGAUCCAACACAUGGGAAUUAGUGCUUCCCGCCAUAGCGAGCAAUGUACAAUAUAUAGCUUUAGUUAGCCUCAUUGAUGUAGCUGACAAUAAGAUUGUAGUUUUUUUGGACUGGUCUCCAGUUUGUACAUUUCAGGAGAUUGGCAAUAGUGAGAUUUCAGUUGGAUGCA